AUGGAAGACUUCAGGCUUGAGAGCGUGCUGUUGGUCGGGAGCGAUCACAAGGUUGGCCUUGGCUUGGUGCAGCAGUUCUUGAGGCUGCCACAUCCUCCUCAGCAGAUCUUUGCCACCUGCCGAUGUCCUGAUGGGCCUGAAGGACAGGUAUUAAAGGACACAGCUUGCAGGUGCUCAAGCCACUCCGCUUUGGUUUUGCUCGAACUGGAUGUCACAGAUCCUGACAGCAUCAAGGAAGCUGCCAAGAAAGUGAAAGAGCAUGUGGCAGGGCAAGGCCUCAACCUGCUAAUAAACAAUGCUGACGUCACUUUUGAAACUACUCUGGACUCUGAGAAUGCUCAGACCAUGGCAGCUGUGUAUGCCACAAACACCAUUGGGCCCAUGCAAGUGUGCCAGGUGUUCUUGCCUUUGCUUAAAACAGCUGCAUGGAGAAGCCAACGCAGAGGGAUGAGCUGCAGCAAAGCAGCGAUUGUCAACAUGUCCAGUCGCUGCGGCUCCCUCUCCGUCGUCGAUGGGUGGGAACGGAAGCAAGACGUUGGCUAUCGCUGCAGCAAGGCUGCUUUAAACAUGCUUACUCGGUGCCAGGCGCGGUCCUACAGCUUUUGGAAUAUUCUGUGUAUUUCUAUCCAUCCUGGAGGUAUGAAUACCCAGUUGGGAGCAGAGCAGGCAGCAGGCUCCUAG